AUGCGCCCCGCGCCCGGCGCCCCCCGCGCGGCCCCGCCCCCCGCCCGGCUGCAGCCCCGGUUCCCGCGCGGCCGGAGCAGCUCGGGCAGCAGCGGCGGCGGCAGCGGCGGCGACACCGGCAGCGGCAGCAGCGCGGGCGCCGAGCGGGAGGACGACGACGAGAGCGCCAGCAUCAGCAGGCCGCUGGUGCCCGCCGGGCCCGCGGGGAGCGCCGCCGCCUCCCGCGCCUCCACGCCCGCCUCCCCGCGUAGCAUGACCGCCGCCGACCUGGGCGCGGGCGCCGCGGCCGGGGCCGUCGGGGGCGCGGGCGGCGCCAGCCCCGGCCCCUCCUGCCGGUCGGGUCGCUGCUGCUGCUGCGGUCGCCGGGCCCGGCCGGGCCGCGGGGGUGGGCGCCGCGGCUGCGCCCCCGGCCCGGGCUGCCGCUGGGGCUACCAGGCGCUGUCCGUGGCGCUGCUGCUGGCGCAGGGCGGCCUGCUGGACGUGUACCUCAUCGCUGUCACCGACCUGUACUGGUGCUCCUGGGUCGCCACCGACCUGGUGGUCGCGGCGGGCUGGGCCAUCUUCUUCGCCAAGAACAGCCGGGGCCGUCGGGGCGCCGCGCACACCCACCACCCGCACCACCCGCACGCCGCGCCCCUGCACCUGCCCGCCGCCCCCGCCGCCGGGGCUGCGGGAGCCAAGGCGCGCGGCGGCCGCGGGGGCGCGGGCGGCCCGGGGCCGGCGGGGGCCGCCGGCGCGGCCGGCGAGUUCGCCUUCGCCUACCUGGCCUGGCUCAUCUACUCCAUCGCCUUCACGCCCAAGGUGGUGCUCAUCCUGGGCACGUCCAUCCUGGACCUCAUCGAGCUGCGCGCGCCCUUCGGCACCACGGGCUUCCGCCUCACCCUGGCGCUGUCGGCGCCGCUGCUCUACUGCCUGGUGCGGGCCAUCGGCGAGGCGGGCGCCACCCCCGGCUCCGCGGGCCCCCUGCUCCUGCAGCCCCAGCGGCACCGCGCCGCCGGCUGCUUCCUGGGCACGUGCCUGGACCUGCUGGACAGCUCCGCCCUGGUGGAGCUGAUGCUGGACGGCCGCGCGCCGCUGCCCGCGCACCUGCGCUACCUGCUCCUCGCCGCCUACUUCCUCGCGCUCGCCUCGCCGGUGCUCUGGCUCCACGAGCUCCACGCCGCUGCCGCCUCGCCCCGGGGCCGGGCCUCGCGGCCGGGAGGCUGCAGCCGCCUGCUGCGCCUGCUGGGCGGCUGCCUCGUGGACGUACCCUUGCUGGCGCUGCGCUGCCUGCUGGCCGUGAGCUACCAGCAGCCGCUCUCCGUCUUCAUGCUCAAGAACCUCUUCUUCCUCGGCUGCCGCGGCCUGGAGGCCCUGGAGGGCUGCUGGGACGGGGAGCCCCCGGCGUCCCCGAGUCGGGCCCGGGCGGGCUACGGCGCUCCGCCCUCCGCCCCGUCGGCGCCGGGAGCCCCCCAGCUGGGCCUCUGCGUCUCGGAGGACGAGGGGGGCGCCCACGGCUACGUCAACACCCUGGCUGUGGCUUGCCAAAACUGAGGGGUCUGGGGGCUUGCUCUGGAGUUGGGAGACCCCGCUCCCUGUCCUGCGACCUUCCCUCACCCAGACUGGAUCAGCCUCUGUUUGGGGGAGGUAACUGUAAACAGGGCUGAGAGCCAGCGCGCCCCUCUGAACCCCCUGGGCCGAGACUGCUUGGAGGGAGCCAGCCGCUAAAGAGAGGGAGGAGGGUCGCCGGCUCUCUUCUCCUCUCCACGCCCUUCCCCAAUCCUUCCCUCCAGGGGCGGGGCACCUCUGCUUCUUGCUUCUCCCACCUCACCCUAAUCCCUCUCCCUCGCGGGGGAGAACGGAGGAAAGCGGGGCCCAGGGCCUUCGGCCACCCCCCUUGCUUGGACGUGCCAGCUUCUUUUAGGCUGUGGUCCUUGACCCACACCUUGAAAUGACCCAGAAUCCCGUGCUCCCCCUGAUGUGUCCAUUGCAUUUCUUCCAGAUGGUAGAUGCAAAGUGUGUGUGUGUGUGUGUGUGUGUGUGUGUGUGUGUGCGCGCGCACGCGUGCACGCGUGUGUUGUUUCCUUGUGUCCAACCUAUGCCCCCCCACAAUCGGCAGGAGGUCUGGGGAGGCCCGGGCCUCCCCACCACACACUCCUCACUCCUACCUGAAUCUGUGGCCGUGAAUUCCCAGACAGAGCUGGGCUCCUGGGGGCUGCCCGGUGGCCCUCCUCCUCCGGAGACGCUCACCCAGGAUCUUCCUCAAUGCCACUCCUUUCCUCGCAGCUGGGGGGAGGGGAGGGUCCAUACUCUAAGGACCAAACUACACCCUUUCUUGGGUGUUUCUACCUCCGUGCUUUCCACUUGUGUCGCAUCACACACUGAUGCUGCUUGCAAAAAAUAAGGACAAACACUCAGAUGUUGCAUUCAACGUGGCCACUGGAUCCAGCCGGGGUUCGGUGCCAGUGUUAUUACAGGGUCUGUGGAGGGUCGGCCAUUGGCUGCCCUCCCUCUCUUCCUCCCUCUGUGCCCAUAACUCCUAUCCUUCCUGCAGCUGGUUGCUGGCUGGGUCAGAUCUUGGCUCAGAACAGCUUUGGUGGGGUUUCUGGACAGAAAACCAUGUGAGCCGGGCCUCCCAUGGGCCCACAGGAGUAGGAAAGCCACCUCCCCACCUGUCCUUCCUUUAGGAAGCAUGGUGUACAUCAGAAAGGGCGGUGGUGACCUGUGUCCUCUGCUCUGGUCACGGGAGUCUCUAGGGAAAAGGCAGGCUGCGUGGAGUAGGGUGGCUAAGCCCCACCCGGCGCAGCCCCCCUCCCUAGUGACAGGUCACAUCCAGGGGUUGCCCGGGUACGGUCUUGAUGUAGGACCUCUCUUGGCAUCUUUGAGGCAGGAUGAGUAUUCUGGGGGGAGGUCAGAGUGCAGGAAGAGUUGAGAGCCAGGCCAGGGGAACCUACUCCCCUCCACCCUGCGGGAGGAUGGGGUUGGGGGAGGUUGUAGGAAUCUGUUUCCCUCCCUCCUUGUGCCUGUGGUGUAACAAACUCUGGACAGAGGGCCAGAAGUCAUGGGUUGUAGCUUUGACUCCGUCACCCACUGGCUUCCGUGACACAGGACUUUUGCUUUCUGGGCCUCCGUUUUGCACUUGGGGCUCUUCUCUCUCAAUUUCUUGGGGGCUUGUUGACAGAAGACAGAGACACAGACGGGGCUGAUGGCCUGAGCCUCCCUGCUCUCACGGGGGCGGGGGGCGGGGAGGGAGGAACAUAUUUGCACUCAAGGUCCCUGCUCCCAGCCCCUUGCCCGCCAGGUCCAGGAUCAGCUGGUUGGAUUUUGCAACUAAUUGUUCUUUUCCUGCCUUCUCU